GCCUCACUUUGAAACUCGUUCUCGUUCUCUUGAAAAGUCCUCCGAUUCAAAAUGAGCGAAGGAACAGCUACCAUUCGUACGAGGAAAUUCCUCACCAACCGCCUGCUUUCUCGAAAGCAAAUGGUCGUAGAUAUUCUUCAUCCUGGCCGAGCCAGUGUCCCUAAGUCUGAGAUCAGAGAGAAGCUGUCCAAGAUGUACAGGACUACUGCAGAUGUUAUUGUUGCUUUUGGUUUCAAAACAGCUUUUGGUGGUGGAAGAAGCACUGGAUUUGCUUUAGUCUAUGAUAACCUUGAUGCCCUCAAGAAAUUUGAACCCAAAUACAGACUUGCUAGACAUGGCCUUUAUGAAAGGGAAAAGAGUUCUAGAAAACAACGCAAAGAAAGGAAAAACAGAAUGAAGAAGGUCAGAGGAAUAAAGAAGUCAAAAAUUGGUGCUGGCAAGAAGUGAGAAGUAUUCCAACUUGUUCCUUCUGCUUGUAAAAUUCUUCAAUGUGGAGUUAUAAAUAAAAAGUUGAAAGUAAUACA